CAGAGAAGCAGCCACACAAGCUUGUAGACCUCUACUUAGCCAAACCUCUAAAUUCCCUCACCUUUCUUUCUUACCAUCCGCUUAUUUCUUCUUCUUAUUUUUCUGACCUCAAAUAUUUUCCUGCCUUCAAAACUCUAGCCAUAAUAUCCAAAGGUACGAUUUUUAUAUAAAUUCUCGCAAUAUCUCAAUUCAAUAACUUGAUUAUCCAUUCAAUUCAGCACUUUCUUUUCCGGGUUUUUCAUUUUAUCCUGCAAUUUUGCAUAUUUAGUUGUUUAAUCACUGAGUAAUUUAUGCUAGUUUGGGACUAUUGUUCCUUAGAAUGCCACUUCGUUGAGUAGUUUUUAGUUGGGGUUUAGCAUAAUUGGGCUAUUUUGGAUAUUUUACGCUUGGGUUUGAAUUCAUAUGCUGAUGAUUACAACCCUUAAUCUUUAAGAGUUGAGUUUAAUUAUGGCGACAAUGGCUUCCCUAGUGAGUUUGGGAAGUUCUGGAGCAAGUUGUUCAGGGAACUUGGAGGUGUCCUUUUCAUUAGUUAAGAAAGUUUCAGUUCCAAGGAGGGUUUGUAAUUGUAAUUUUCAGCAUUUCGGAGGGGGGAGGAGAUGGCGGUACGUAUCGUUGUGUAGGCUUUCUAUCACCACUGAUUACAUUUCUGACCAAGGAAAUGCUGUUUCUCUUGAGAAUACAUAUAAAGGGAGUAAGGACGAGGAUCUCGUCUUGAAAGCUUCUCCUAAGCCAGUAUUAAAUAGGCCGGGGUCGAAUGGGAAUCGUAAUUUAGGAGAAAGUUUGGGGCCCUGGGAGGCAUCAAAAUCUGAUGCAGGCUCUAGUAAUGGGAAAUUAGGUAAUGUGGAGGACAGGAAGAAGGUUAUUGAAUCACUAGAUGAGGUAUUAGAGAAAGCCGAGAGGCUAGAAACCGGAAGCUCACAAGUAGAGAGUAAAAACGAGAGGAAACCUGUAAGUAGACCAUCUCCCAGUGUAAGUAAUUCGACAAAUGGUAAACCUGUAAAUAAUUCAGCCAAAGGGAAGCCUAACACAGGGAAGAGUGUUUGGCGGAAGGGAAGUCCGGUUUCCGCAGUGCAAAAAGUAGUACAAGACCCUCCUAAGAAUGAAAAGGUUCAGAGAGUGGAAAAUAGGACUAAGCCAGAAGAAAAGUUAAAUUAUCAAUCCCCUGAGACUUCGAGACCUCCAAUGCCACUGCAGAGGCCUGACAUCAAAUUGCAGGCCAGGCCUUCUGUGGCUCCUCCGUCAGUGCCGAAGAAGCCGGUACUCAAGGACGUGGGAAUGUCCUCCGCAGUUGAUGGGAAAGACCAGGCUGUGAAAGCGAAAGGACCUAUUCUGGUUGACAAAUUUGCCUCAAAGAAAGCAGCAACUGAUUCAACGGUUGCUCAAGCAGUAAUAUCCCCACCUAAACCUGCAAAAAUGCCUUCUGGAAAGUUUAAAGACGAUUACAAGAGGAAGGGUGUUACUGCUGGUGGAGCAAAGAGGCGUAUGGUUAAAGAUGAUGAUAUGCAUGAACAAACUUCGGAACUUGGUGUAUCCAUCGCUGGCGCUGCAGGUCGAAAAGGGAGAAAAUGGAGUAAGGCGAGCCGCAAGGCUGCCAGACGUCAAGCAGCAAGAGACGCUGCUCCUGUCAAAGUGGAAAUUUUAGAGGUUGGAGAAAAGGGCAUGUCCACUGAAGAAUUGGCUUACAACUUGGCUACAAGUGAAGGUGAAAUUCUUGGUUACCUAUAUUCUAAGGGGAUUAAGCCUGAUGGAGUGCAAACUAUCGACAGAGCAAUGGUAAAGAUGAUCUGCGAACAUUAUGAUGUGGAAGUUUUGGAUGGGGUUUCUGAUGAAUUGGGAGACAUAGCUCGGAAUAGGGAAGUUUUUGAUGAUGAUGACCUCGACAAGCUUGAAGAUAGGCCUCCUGUGCUUACUAUCAUGGGCCAUGUAGAUCAUGGAAAGACAACCCUUCUGGAUUAUAUACGGAAAAGCAAGGUUGCUGCUUCUGAAGCAGGAGGGAUUACACAAGGCAUUGGAGCUUAUAAAGUGGAAGUACCAGCGGAUGGCAAGUUGCUUCCUUGUGUCUUUCUUGACACUCCUGGUCACGAGGCUUUUGGGGCAAUGAGGGCUCGUGGAGCAAGAGUGACGGAUAUUGCUAUUAUCGUUGUAGCUGCUGAUGAUGGGAUCCGUCCUCAAACAAACGAAGCCAUAGCACAUGCAAAAGCAGCUGGUGUACCUAUUGUGGUUGCAAUUAAUAAGAUCGAUAAAGAUGGGGCUAACCCAGAUCGUGUCAUGCAAGAGCUUUCAUCAAUUGGUCUGAUGGCAGAGGAUUGGGGUGGUGAUACCCCAAUGGUCAAGAUCAGCGCACUCAAAGGCGAAAAUGUGGAUGAAUUACUAGAGACAGCCAUGCUUGUUGCAGAGUUGCAAGAAUUAAAGGCAAAUCCUCAUAGAAGUGCAAAGGGCACUGUAAUUGAGGCUGGUCUUGAUAAAUCAAAAGGACCCAUUGCCACUUUUAUUGUGCAGAAAGGUACCCUCAGAAAAGGGGACACAUUAGUUUGCGGAGAAGCAUUUGGGAAGGUGCGCGCCUUAUUUGAUCAUGCAGGGAGUCGUGUUGAUGAAGCUGGUCCUUCUAGCCCUGUGCAGGUUAUUGGAUUAAAUAAUGUUCCUUUAGCUGGUGAUGAGUUUGAGGUAGUGAGUUCCCUUGACGAAGCUCGUGAAAGGGCAGAAACUCGUGAAGAGUCUAUAAGAAAUGAGCGGAUAGCUGCUAAGGCUGGAGAUGGGAAGGUUACCCUCUCGUCUUUGGCUUCAGCAGUUUCAUCCGGGAAGAUGGCUGGUUUGGACAUGCACCAGCUAAAUAUAAUUUUGAAGGUUGAUGUUCAGGGAUCAAUUGAAGCACUAAGACAGGCUCUGGAUGUUCUUCCUCAAGAUAAUGUCACUUUGAAGUUCCUCUUACAAGCGACAGGGGAUAUUAAUACUAGUGAUGUUGAUCUUGCAGUAGCUAGUAAAGCUAUAAUACUGGGGUUCAAUAUCAAGGCACCAGGUUCUGUUGAAAAAUAUGCAGACAACAAAGGUGUUGAAAUUCGGCUAUAUAAAGUCAUUUAUGAUCUAAUUGAUGACAUGCGGCUUGCGAUGGAAGGAUUGUUAGAACCUGUUGAGGAACAAAUAACGAUCGGUGCAGCAGAAGUGCGGGCCACGUUUAGCAGCGGCAGUGGUCGUGUUGCUGGAUGCAUGGUUACUGAGGGAAAAAUUACAAAAGGCUGUGGGAUUCGAGUUGUACGGAAGGGGAAAACUGUCCAUGCUGGACCCCUUGAUUCUUUGCGUCGAGUGAAGGAAAAUGUAGAAGAGGUAAACAAUGGACUUGAGUGUGGAAUAGGAUUGGAGGACUAUGAUGAAUUUGAGGUUGGUGAUAGACUCGAGGCUUAUAAUACAGUGCAAAAGAAACGAACCCUUGAGGAGGCUUCAGCUCAGGUAGCAGCUGCACUGGAAGGAAGCAGUGUUGCUCGAUAAUAAAAUAAAAUAAAUGAAGACAGUGUUCAUGUACAACAUCAAGGCCAGACACGAAUUGAAGCACGAUAAUAAUUUCAGAAAUGGUUUAUACUGGCUAUAUAUGAUCAAUUUGUUUGGAGCAUCAGGUUCUCCGUGGAUGUGCAACGAUCUGUAGUUGGUUCUUUUGUAUGAGAUAAUGCUGUACAUAGUAAGUGUCACGAUCAUAUGUGGCUCAAGUGAUGACCUGCGGAGCUGGGCUGGUUAACCUGUGCUAGGUGCUGGUUCAGUUAGGGUCCCUUCUUCUUACCUGUUAAAAAAAAAAAAGUAUGGCUUCAAUUCUCCCUAAUGUAGUAGACAGUCAAAAUACCUCUAUAUUCUUUUGCUGACGGCAUUUUGUAACAGCUGCUAUAGUUGACCACCUUGUAAAGUCAAACAUCUUCCAAGUCUGAAAGGGAAGAAGGUCAAACAUUUCCUCCA